GGAAGCUGGGGGAGGGGUGAGGAUGGAGGGAGCUUGGGCCGGGAGGCAGUGCGGGCCCGAGCCCGGCAGCCUGGGCUGGGCUGGACGGAAGCGGGGACGGCUGUGGGGACGGCGCUUUUCCCUCUGCCCCGCCCCCUGGGACCACCUCCCCUCCCCCCUGCCGUCUGCCGGCCGCGAUCUGGCCGGUGGCCGUUAGUUAGGUUUCCCGAGGCCGUAUCUUGAGGCCUCUUUCUCCGGAGUCGAGGAGAGGCCGUCUCCCUGCGGCCACGGCCGGCCCCAUCUCAGCGCCCAGCCCUACUUGUGAGAAAAAGGCCGGUUGGGAUUUCGGGGCUUUCCCGCCAGAGCAGGUCUUCUCUCAGGGGAAAGCUGUUUUCACAGGGAAGCUCAGCUUUUCUGUUAUACCUGCUUCACCUCCCGCCUUCCUUGAGACCUGAAAGAUAUUUCUCGACUACUUCUGCGUCUCACGUAAACAUUUCUCCAACUCUUUUACUCUGUGGUAUUUCCCCGAGAUGUGAUACCGCUAGUGCCACCACCAGAAAGAAACGUCUGGACCCUCCUGCCCAGGUUAUGAAAAUCCCCUUAACUACCACCGUUUGCUUACCUGGCUCAUCGCCUCCUGAUUUCCUGUUGUGUUCAGCUACUUACCUGACUUCACCUGAAUACCUGACUUUGUAUCUUUGCUGAAGUCAGUGAUGUGAAAACACCUGACAUGGCCCAGGAUGUCCGGAAGCAAGCAUAAAAGCAACAGUGAUGUAGGUGGUACUGCUAAGAAGCGCCAGCCGUUGUACUGUACUACGGUACUUUUCAAGAUGAUAUUGCUGAUAGGAUGAGGAUGGAUGCUGGAGAAGUAACAUUAGUGAACCACAACUCCAUAUUCAAAACCCAUCUCCUGUCACAAACAGGUUUUCCAGAGGACCAGCAUUCACUUUCUGACCAUCAGAUUUUACCUUCCAGGCAAGGAAAUUUGGACCGAUCUUACACUUGUUCUACAAGAAGUGCAUCUUAUAAUCCAAAUUAUUAUUCAGACAACCCUUCCUCAGACAGUUUUCUUGGCUCAGGAGACCUAAGAACCUUUGGCCAGAGUGCAAAUGGCCAGUGGAGAAAUUCCACUCCGGCAUCAGGUUCAACUUUACAAAAAUCAAGAAACAGCCGAAGUCUUUACCUCGAAACCCGAAAGACCUCAAGUGGAUUAUCAAACACUUUUACAGGGAAGUCAAACCAUCACUGCCAUGUGUCUGCAUAUGAAAAAUCUUUUCCUAUUAAGCCUGUUCCAAGUCCAUCUUGGAGUGGUUCAUGUCGUCGAAAUCUUUUGAGUCCCAAGAAAUCUCAGAGGCGACAUAUUAGUACAGCAGAAGAGACAGUUCAAGAGGAAGAACGAGAGAUUUACAGACAGCUGCUUCAGAUGGUCACAGGGAAACAGUUUUCUGUAGCCAAACCCACCACACAUUUUCCUUUACACCUGUCUCGUUGUCUUAGUUCCAGUAAGAAUACUUUGAAAGACUCACUGUUUAAAAAUGGAAAUUCUUGUGCAGCUCAGAUCAUUGGCUCUGAUACUUCGUCAUCUGGAUCUGCCAGCAUUUUAACUGCCCAGGAACAAUUGUCCCACAGUGUGUUUUCCAUAUCAUCUUAUACCCCAGAUGUUGUUGCAUUUGGAUCCAAAGAUUCUGAUCCUCUCCAUCAGCCCCAACAUCACCACUCUCUUUCACAUCAGCCAGAUAACUUAACAUCUUCAAGUACACAAUCUGAAGGAUCAGACUCUGUGAUUUUACUCAAAGUGAAAGAGUCCCAGACUCCAGCUCCCAGUCCUACUUUUUUCCAGGCAGAGCUGUGGAUCAAAGAAUUAACUAGUGUUUAUGAUUCUCGAGCACGGGAAAGAUUGCGCCAGAUUGAAGAGCAGAAAGCACUGGCAUUACAGCUUCAAAACCAGAGACUGCAGGAACAGGAACAUUCAGUACAUGAUUCAGUAGAACUGCAUCUUCGUGUGCCUCUUGAAAAGGAGAUCCCUGUCACGAUUGCCCAAGAAACAGGAAAAAAAGGUCAUAAAUUAACUGAUAGUGAAGAUGAAUUUCCUGAAAUCACAGAGGAAAUGGAGAAAGAAAUAAAGAAUGUAUUUCGUAAUGGGAACCAGGAUGAAGUUCUGAGUGAAGCAUUCCGUUUGACCAUUACACGCAAAGAUAUUCAAACUCUAAACCAUCUGAACUGGCUCAAUGAUGAGAUCAUCAAUUUCUACAUGAAUAUGCUGAUGGAGCGAAGUAAAGAGAAGGGAUUGCCAAAUGUGCACGCGUUUAAUACCUUUUUUUUCACUAAGUUAAAAACAGCUGGUUAUCAAGCAGUGAAACGUUGGACAAAGAAAGUAGAUGUCUUUUCUGUUGACAUUCUUUUGGUGCCCAUUCACCUGGGAGUGCACUGGUGUCUUGCUGUUGUGGACUUUAGAAAGAAGAAUAUUACCUAUUACGACUCCAUGGGUGGGAUAAACAAUGAAGCCUGCAGGAUCCUCUUGCAGUACCUGAAGCAAGAAAGCAUUGACAAGAAAAGGAAAGAGUUUGACACCAAUGGCUGGCAACUCUUCAGCAAGAAAAGCCAGGAAAUUCCACAGCAGAUGAAUGGAAGCGACUGCGGCAUGUUUGCCUGCAAAUAUGCUGACUGCAUUACCAAAGACAGACCAAUCAACUUCACGCAGCAACACAUGCCCUACUUCCGGAAGCGGAUGGUCUGGGAAAUCCUCCACCGAAAGCUCUUGUGAAGACCGUCUCAAUUAGCAGACAUGGACUUGUGGGGGACCAGCUUUCUGUUGUCUACAGCCAGAGACCUUCGAAACAGCUGCUCCCAACCCUCUGUUCUUGUAAAGUCCUUGAUCCUGGACCAGGCCCUGGAGAGAUGCACUCACAAGCACAUCUGCCUUUCCUUUUGUAUCUCAGAUACUAUUUUUGCAAAGAAACUUUGGUGCUGUGAAAGGGGUGAGGGACAUCCCUAAGCUGAAGAGAGAGACUGCUUUUCACUUCUUCAGUUCUGCCAUCUUGUUUUCAAAGGGCUCCAGCCUCACUCAGUGUCUAACUAGGGGCCUGAGAGAAGCUUGGAAAGACUCUUGGUUUCAUAUAAACUCUUGUUGUUAAGGCCUUACUAAGAGGUAGGAAAGGACGUGGGCAAAAAGGUAGGGAUGAAAACCACCAGCAUAUAAACGCACACGUACAUACACACAGGAUUUUCAAGAUAUGUCACCGGGAAGGUGACUGUAAACUGGACUUUGGGGCACCUGCAUAAGUCCCUCCUCCAGGACUUUUCCUAUUUAUAUGCCCCUUUGUGAAAUCAGUCUGCUUCUGUACAAGGCUGUUGUAUCAUCUGUAGCUUCUUCCCCUCCUGAGGCACAACACGUGAGCCCUGGGUGGACCCCAAAGUCCCAGGCAGUCCUUUCCUUAAAAGCAGAGGUUUGCAUGUGUUCGCAACACAUGAUAUGGGGAAGACCCACCCAGGGAGCGGUUUAGUGGAGCAACAAGGCACCACUUUUACUGUUACCUACUUCUGACCAAGAAGAAGAAGGACCUCAGUCUUUAGCAUAAAAUUCCAGCAUUGGAUGAAUGCAGGUCUAGUUUGGUCUGUGGCUAGCUAGUUUAAAUAUGUUUCUAACCACAGAGAAUUUAAUAUAUAUAUAUAUUUCACAGGGAUAUGCUUUUUUUUUUUAAAGGGCUGAAUGUGUUCACCAUUUUAGCCUGUAGAUUUAUUACCAUUUUCCAAAUUUAGCUCCAGCACGCACAGAUCCCAGCCCCUGUGUGUAGGGUGUUUGUGGACUUCCUAACAGAAUAUUUUGAGGCCUGGAUGCAUUUUGGCUUAGGGGUAGAGGUGACAGAGGGAGGCAAGAUUUUAAACUGGGAAACGGGUGGAAUUUGGACUGAUCGACUUGAGAUUGAAAAACUUUUGUUCUUUGUAGCAUCUCCCCAUCCUCUGAGCGCUCCUCAGGCUAGAUAGUGAAAUGAUCCAAUGCCAGUGUCAUUUUGUACUUAAGUUCCAAAAUAGGAACGUUUUAUACUUUUUUCUGUAUUGUAAUAGGUAGUUUUGUAUGAAAUCUUCUCUUCCCUUGUACCUCAUCCUUUCCAACAUUGUGCUUUCUCCCUGGGCUUAUUUGAAAAUUUUACUCUGUUUUAUAUCAAGCUUGUUUAGUACAUUUUUCUAUGUGUUACCACAGGUUACAAUUUGAAAAGAAAACUAUUUUUUUUAAAUAUUCCAUUGUUAACUGAAUGUUACUGUUUCCACUCCAGCAACUAGAUGUCCUGCCUUUUUCAUACUGCCUGCCUUUGGGGGGAAGACCACCUUUUAUUUGUUUGUUUUCUCUUUUUUUCUUCUUUCUUUCUAGUUUUUUUUCUUUUUUUCUUUUUUUCUUUUUUUUCUUUCUUUUUUUUUUUUUUUUUUUGGUGUUUUCUAUAGGAAAUAAAUAGCUUUCUAUAUAUGAGUUCUUGGGACUUUUCACAUUCUCUUUUAGAAAGCUAUGGCAUGCAGGCUUAUUGUGGGACACCUGAACAUUGAUUCUUGGUACUUAAUGUAUUUAAGUGACAACUUGAAAGGUAUAGAUUUUGGACCAUGAAUCAAAAGACUUGAGUUUUUCAGGCACUCUUGCUAUUGUCUGGGGGACUCAGAACAAGAUACUUCUCUGUAUUUAUUGUUUGUCCAUUUAGAUAACAUCUGUCUUACCUUCCUCACAGACUUUUUGUACAGACCAAAGCAGCAAAUAUUUAUUGCCAUGUAUAGCAGAAAAUGAAACAUGCAACAAAAGCACUUUGAAAAAUAUAUAAGGAA